AAAUAGCCAGUGACUAGUGACUCCUCAAUGUUUAAUCAACGCAACCAACGUUCUGAAACAUAUACAAACGAUAGCAGCAACAUACAUAUUCAAAAGGCAUACCAGUGGAAUUCAAACGAAAAGGCUGGAUUCCACUAAGGCGACGGUUACCAGGACAACGGUACACACGGAAACGGCCCCGGCCUGAAGAGCAAAGUUGUCGCCCGAGCGCUGAAUGCUAAAGUGAGGAGGUCUCCUGCCCUGCGUAGUCAGCUUUAUCCGGCGCCAAACAAAACGUUGACUCACUGCGUUGCCAGAUGCCAGACGUAAACCCAGAGAUGUCGACGCCACAUCCACAAGGAGCAGCGAUCGCUUCAGGCAGUAAUGCUGUGUCAGACAGAGCGGCCAAAUUACCUGAAGCAGACUUGAAGAGGGAGACUCGACGGAGCCCAUUCAAAGUGCCAGACAGUAAGAGCAUAAUUGUUCUUAGUGAAAGAAAGGGCCGCAAAGAGGAGAUGCAUAAAUUCCUGGCCUUGCCAAUCGAUGAGAAGACAAGCCGCGAUGCGCGAAUGGUGGCCAUGCUGAGGCAGGAGCUGGGGGAACAAGAGGAGGAAGAGAUGAAAAAUCUGAGACAAGUCAAGAGUAGGACAGUUCUCCAUCAGCAGACUGCCAUCAGAUCUGAGCGGAAGAGGGCCAUGAUGAAACAAAAUCAGAUUCCAAAAGAAAGCAAACAUGACCUGCUCGCCAUGGAGCGGCAGAAGGCAGUGUUGGAGUACUCUCUGAACCGUAAAAGAUCUGAGAUUGAGGAGAUGGAUAAAGCCAUCAUGAAAGAGGAGGAAGAACAGAGACGGCUUGAAGAGUUCCUGGAGACAGAAAAGCUCCGUAUCAAGGAGAUUCUCAGGGAGCGCGAGAAGAAGUUGGUAGAGGCCAGAGCUUUUUUUGAAAGAGAGUCCAAGGCCAGGCAGGAGAAGAGUGCUGCGAUCAAGAAACUGACCGCUGAAAUAGGGGCGGUCACUAGUGAGUUUGCUAAACAACAGGAAGUCCUGAUCGAGUACACAAGAUGCAGGGACCUGCUGUGGGAGUUGUCUCCUCCGGAGUGGAAGGAGGCCCAGAAGGCCAAGGCGUUGAAGGUCCCGUCACCGGAAAACAAUGAUUUGCAGAGCGAGGUUUCCGAUCCAGGCCGAGAGCUGCCUUCCAGUGGAGGGGCCGGGCCGUCCUCAGCCUGCAGGGACACACUGAGUACAAACACUGAACUCGAUAGGGACGACUCAGAAUAUGAGGAUGAGCCGGAGAUGUACUUCACCGAUCCCCAGCAGCUGCUGGAUCUGGUGGAAGACCUGACGUGCAAGAACUUGACCCUGAUCCAGAACUCCGCAAGAGUGGAAGAGACAGCAAAGGGUCUCCGGCACACCAUGGAGGAAACCACGCAGGAGAUCGAAAACGAGGACAAGCACUUAACACUGCAGAUAGAAGACAUUAGCACGAAGAUCAACGAAGAGAAGGCCAGAGGCAACAAGCUCAAACAGCUGGUUGAUCUCCAUGUGUUGCUGAAGAAAGAAGACCAGGACGUCAUGUGGGACGCUUUGGUCGUGAAGGUGGCGGAGGUCCAUCGCAGCUGCGUGGGUGACAGGAUUAGCAACCUCAGCGCCUUGCAGAAGGUCGCCAACAUCGAGAAACGCCUUGUGACUCUGCUUCAGGACCUCGAGAACGUGGACAAGGAGAGCCUAGAGAAGAUGAGGAAGAUCAAGGACAGUGAGAAGAGGAGCAGGGAGCGCGAGGAGAAGCUGAGAGAGCAGGAAGAGAAGCAGAAGGAAAGGAUGAAGAGGAACUUGGAGAGAUCUACGGCUGACUCCAAGAAAGUAAGUGGCAGAAAGCUUAUGCCCAGAUCCAAGCCAUUUGCUCAGAAAGUCAAAGUCAGGAAUGUGGACAACACCCCAGCUGAAGAUGAGAUGCAUUCCUAUCUCUUCACCUCUGAUGACUAGUAAAAAUACAACUGUAUAUAUAUAUUAUAUAUAUAUACACAUAUAGGAUAGAUCUGGUUGGCUACACCCCCAUCAGAGCAUAACAAUAGCAUCAUAGGGUUACAAAAAUACCCAGAGCAACAAUAUUCAUAUGCAAGAGAACUAAUAAAUCAGAAUAAAGCAGUAGGA